AUUUGUGAAUUAACUGACAGAAAAUUCUAGACCAAAGCUCUAUAGUAGAAAAAGAGUAUGUCAAUUAACAUAGCAUUAACUACUAUACUACCAUAAUUUCGAUGUCUAUGUAAGUUUUGCCGUAUCUAGGUCAUACAAACAUGUUACUUGGACUCGAAGCAGUCGCUGAUCACACCUUUUGUUUUUCCAUAUUAGAGCAUCGCCAAUGAGGAACAUCAUUUUGGGGAUGGAUAAUAUUUAAAAUGAAAGUUCGAGGAUGAAUUGUUCCAAAACCUACAUAUUUUUUGAAUUUGUUAAUAUAUUACAUUUUAAUAUUUAGCUUUAAUAAUAAUCAAUUAUAAGCACUAAAAUUUUAUAAGUAAGUAAUAAAUAUACAAUUAAAACAUCAAAUUGAGAUUUUAGGAUUUUCUUAUAUUGUAAAACCAAAAAUUCAUAUAUGAGUCAUAAACCAAACAUCAAAUUUGAGAUUUAAGGAUUUUCUUAUUUUUGGUUUUACAAUAUUUAUGACUCAUAUAUGAACUUUUGGUUUUACUGAUAAUAUAUAUUUGAGUAUUAAAGUGAAAUAUUAUUAUAAAAAUUAAAGUGAUACCUAAAUAAUAUUAGUAGAAUAAUAUGUAAGUUAUAUAAUUAUAAAGAAUAAAAUGAAAAGUAAAUAAUUUUUUGAGGUUUUGAAUAGUAAAACAUCAAAUUUGAGAUUUUAUUAUUCAGACACUCAAAAAUUUGAAAGUUUAAAAAUUUGUUGGAAAAGUUAAAAACUUAAAAUUUGAAGGUUUAAGAACAUGUUGGAGAUGCUCUUAGCUGAUCAAAAUUGAGGAGAAAUUUCGAAAAAAGAUGCGCUGGGAUGGGUUGUUAAUUUUUCCAAUUCCAUAUCAGCUGGCUACUUGGACCAUCUAUAAUCCGGGUUACACUGAACACUUACAUGACAUCCUGAUUAUUACCGUAGUCGAAUAGCUCUAACACACGUUGGGAGAGGACUCCCACUAAAUUAUACGCCCUCUGUUUGAAUUUUUUAAUUAGUCAGUGUUUAAGGUUUUUACACAACUAUUAAGAAAUUGUUAACUUUUAUUCAUUUUGCAUUAGUUAAGCUUAAUCCAACUAAAAAUUAUUCAAUAAAAAGUUAGUCAAAAACACCAAAUAACAUUAAAAUUUUGCAUAGAAAUUUGAAAAUAUUAUUUAAAUUGAAACAAAAAUAAAUAUUAAAACGCCAACUAAAAAGAAAAGAGGGAGUAUAUAUUAGUGGAUUCAGAUAUCCGUGACUAAAUUUAUUGAUUCUUUUAAAAUGAUAAUCCCACACGUUACUCAUUGUAAUGAAGCCAAUUAGCAUAAUGAAAUAUAAGAAAAUCCUUUGAAAAUAAAAUAAAAAUAUGUAAUAUUAUUUAGAUUAUAUGUUAUAUAUAUGAUAUAUUACAAGUAGCAACAAGAGAUGAAUAGUUUCGUGAAUAUUCAGGUUGAUACAGAAUUUUCUUAGAUGUGUGAUGAGUGGACAAAAAUGAAUGAUGUUUGCAAGUUGAUUAUAUAUUAUAUAAUGUAAGUGCAUGCUUUUGAUUCUCGAAACUAUUUGCUUAUAACUUACGGAUAUAUAAGUUAUAUAUAAGUUCGGCUUGGACGUAAAAGUCUAAAUAUAAUUUGUUAUACAUUGCUUGCUACACUACAUUCUUUUUAUUGGUACGAUACUUUAUGAUUCGUUAUCACUAUAUUAUUACUACCUUGACAAAAACAUUAUUAAUUAGUGAUCUUAGAUGCUAAUAAACCAGCCAUCUUGAUUAUGCAAAUAUGUAUUCCAAAAAAGAAGCAACAUUGCUCUUCAUACGCAAGUCUUUAUAACCAAUAGUCCAAAUAAUUAAUAAAUUAUAAUAGGUGUGUAACCAAAGAAACUUACGAGAUACGACCUAACCGGUUUGGAUCAUAUAUAUAGAACAAUACUAUAGUUAGCCACACAUAAUGGAUAAUUAUUUGAUAAAAUUAAAAAAAAUGUAUAACUAAAGUGAUGCAUAGAUAACCAAUGGCUGUAAAAAUGCACUCGUAUAUUGCCUUUUGUGUCAGCCCAAUUUGGCUAUAUAAGCAAGUACGCUCUUGUCUGGUGUAAUCAUUCACAGUUAUAAGGCUCAUAGUCAAGUACAAUAUUGAUACAUCAAUACAAUCAAGAAAGAGAAACCUAUAGAAAAAGAAACAUAGAUCAAAUGGAGAGUGAGAAAAUGUGGGGAGGCUUAAUGAAUAGAGUGAAACCAUACUUAGCAAUGAUAUCUAUGCAAUUUGGUUAUGCCGGUAUGUACAUAAUCACCAUGGUCUCUCUUAAGCAUGGCAUGAACCAUUACAUCCUGGCCGUUUACCGCCACGCAAUCGCCACGGUCGUCAUCGCGCCGUUUGCUCUAUUUCAUGAGAGGAAAACAAGGCCGAAGAUGACGUUCCGGAUAUUCCUUCAAAUUGCGCUGCUCGGAUUUAUUGAGCCGGUGCUGGAUCAGAAUCUCUACUACGUCGGGAUGACUUACACCUCAGCGACUUUCGCUUCUGCUACGGCUAAUGUUCUUCCUGCCAUCACCUUCGUAUUGGCAAUCAUUUUCAGAUUAGAGAGCGUGAAUUUUAAGAAGGUACGAAGCAUAGCCAAAGUUAUCGGAACAGUUAUUACAGUCUCCGGAGCACUUCUCAUGACUCUCUACAAAGGUCCAAUCAUUGACUUUAUAAAAUUCGGUGGUGGUGGAGGAGGAGGCGGUGACGGUGCAGGAGGACCUCACGGCGGUGCAGCAUCAGCGGCUUUGGACAAACACUGGGUUCCGGGAACUCUAAUGUUGUUGGGGAGAACUUUUGGUUGGGCCGGUUUCUUCAUUCUACAAUCAUUUACACUGAAGGAGUACCCAGCUGAGCUAUCAUUAACGGCGUUAAUAUGUUUGAUGGGAACGUUAGAAGGAACUGCCGUCUCAUUGGUAACGGUACGUGACCUGAGCGCUUGGAAAAUCGGCUUCGACUCUAAUCUCUUCGCAGCCGCGUACUCCGGGGUGAUAUGUUCGGGAGUGGCGUAUUACGUGCAAGGAGUAGUGAUGAGAGAAAGAGGACCUGUUUUCGUUGCGACAUUUAAUCCUCUAUGUGUCGUUAUAACUGCAGCUCUUGGUGUUGUUGUAUUGUCUGAAAGUAUUCAUCUUGGAAGUGUGAUUGGAACGAUAUUUAUAAUUGUGGGCCUAUACACUGUUGUAUGGGGUAAAGGCAAAGAUAAGAGAAUGACGGAUGAUGAUAGCAAAGAACUUCCGGUUAAGAUUUCGGUUAAAGAGGUAGACGCCAAUAGAGUCUUAGCCGGAAAAUUGGAGAUGAAAACAAAGGAAGGCCAGGAGACUAAUAAGGCUAAUCAAGCUGGGAUUUGAGGAUACUUGAGUGAUAAAAGGCCUUUCUAUGUAUAUUGUUUAUGCUUUCUUUUCUUGCUUUCUACGGUUUGGCAGAUCAUAUGUAACUGAUGAGAUUAAUCAAAUCAUCUUAUAGUUAACAAAAAGGUUUUGCUCGUUA